AUGCAAGCGCAUCAUGAGUAUCGCGACUUACCAAUCUUAACCAAGCACGAACGGAAAGGUGGAGCCAAAGAUGUGAGCAUGGAGGUGUCGUUAUUGAUUUUGUACCACACCUUACUUUCCUUGUUGUCUAGAUACGCCUGGCAGCUUUUACGUGCAUAGAGAAAACUACAGGUCUACAAAGUCUAGAAAAUCACAGUACCAAGGGUCACUCCAGGCAAAACAUAAUGCGAAGUCGAGACUCAUGUUGCCUCCCCAGAUGCAGACGCUAAAUGACGAGGAAAAACCGAACUGCCGAAAAAACUGAAAAAGCCCGUAGGGUUUUUUAAUAUUUUUUCGGCCGUUUCCCUUCGACCCUUCGGGAUUUGGCCGGGCUCUCUCGUCCAAUUGGGUCUUGGUUCUCCUACUCUGUUACCCCGAUCCAUCAAAAAACUAUCAUCUUCAACAAGAAUACUAUAGCUUCUUCAGCAUCAAUUUCUCAUGUUCUUCUCCUACGUAGACGUACUACAUCUACUUCAGAUGAUUCCGGACACCAAUGGCGCGCCAUCAACAGAGGUAAGGGCAGCUGAGGUGACAAACGCAAAUCGCAAAGACUCGGGAGAAGAUAUUUUGGAUAUCUUAGCAGCGCAGACUGACACCUUCGAAGUAGAAGAACCCGAGAGGCAAAACACAACCAUGGACGGUCGAGAAGCAUCGGAUGAAGUCCUCAAACAUUAAGGUUCAUGUCGUGACGAAGGGUGCGCGUAGACUUAUUCUUCACCUAUUUAUAAUAAUGUAGAACGGUCAGCUUGAAUAUUAUGCUCACGCAUCAAAACGACCUCAGAAGUUCUUUAACCUUCGCCAGCUCGCUGAGAGAACAAAAAAUUGUUGUGAUCUCAUCAAUGCGAAUGCCAUUCAAUGGUGGCGUCUUUCUAAGGAAAAGCAUUUGCUGGCCUGAAGCUUCAUGGCGAGUCGUCAGGAGACGAAGCAAGCGUGAUUAUUCACUCCAGUGCCAGUGACUCAAGAAAAACCUCAAGGUUCUCGGAAGAUGCCGAGGCAACUGAGCAGAAGCAGGC